AUGGCAUUGAGCGAGAAAAAUCCUAUGGUUGUUGCCCAUAUUUUGAUAUGGAUGGUUUUGGUUUUGCUGAGCAGUAGAAUAUCUGUGAGUAAUGCUACUGAAACUGAUAUAGCGUGCUUGAAAUCCAUCAGAGCUUCUCUGGUGGAUCCUAAUAACUACUUGAACUCUACAUGGAAUUUCAACAACGAUACUGAAGGCUUCGUAUGUAGAUUGAUGGGCAUUGAUUGCUGGCACCCUGACGAGAACAGAGUUCUAAAUAUCGACCUGUCAAGCUGUGGUCUUGAGGGCCAGUUCCCCCCUGGCAUUCAGAAUUGCACAAGCUUGACUGGCUUGGAUCUUUCGCACAACAAGCUAUCUGGCUCAAUCCCUGAUAAUAUCUCAAAGCUUAUCCCCUUUAUUACAAACCUUGAUCUUUCAUUCAACAAUUUUUCGGGUGGAAUUCCAACAAAUCUUUCAAGUUGUAGUUUCUUGAAUGAUCUCAAACUUGACAACAACCGGCUAACAGGCAAGAUUCCGCUGGAAUUUGGCCUGCUUGAUCGGAUCAAGGUAUUUACGGUUACCAACAAUCUUCUAUCAGGGCCGAUCCCCACAUUUAUCCAUAGUAACAUCCCUGUUGAUAGCUUUGCAAAUAAUCUGGACCUCUGUGGAAAGCCAUUGAAUCCCUGUCCAGCUGUCGCGGGGAAAUCCCAUGUUGGAGUAAUUGCUGCAUCAGCCGCUGGCGGGAUAACAUUUACGUCAAUUAUUGUUGGUGUCUUUCUGUUCUACUUGUCUCGCGGAGCAGCUAAGAGGAAGGCGGAGGAUCCUGAAGGUAACAGAUGGGCAAAGAGCAUCAAGGGAACCAAAGGCAUCAAGAAUUGCACAAGCUUGACUGGCUUGGAUCUUUCGCACAACAAGCUAUCUGGCUCAAUCCCUGAUAAUAUCUCAAAGCUUAUCCCCUUUAUUACAAACCUUGAUCUUUCAUUCAACAAUUUUUCGGGUGGAAUUCCAACAAAUCUUUCAAGUUGUAGUUUCUUGAAUGAUCUCAAACUUGACAACAACCGGCUAACAGGCAAGAUUCCGCUGGAAUUUGGCCUGCUUGAUCGGAUCAAGGUAUUUACGGUUACCAACAAUCUUCUAUCAGGGCCGAUCCCUGCAUUUAUCCGUAAUAACAUCCCAGCUUAUAGCUUUGCAAAUAAUCUGGACCUCUGUGGAAAGCCAUUGAAUCCCUGUCCAGCUGUCGCGGGGAAAUCCCAUGUUGGAGUAAUUGCUGCAUCAGCCGCUGGCGGGAUAACAUUUACGUCAAUUAUUGUUGGUGUCUUUCUGUUCUACUUGUCUCGCGGAGCAGCUAAGAGGAAGGCGGAGGAUCCUGAAGGUAACAGAUGGGCAAAGAGCAUCAAGGGAACCAAAGGCAUCAAGGUUUCCAUGUUUGAGAAAUCGGUUUCAAAAAUGAGAUUGAGUGAUCUCAUGAAGGCAACCAACGACUUCAGUAAUAACAACAUCAUUGGAGCAGGAAGAACAGGACCAAUGUACAAGGCAGUGAUUUCUGAUGGUUGCUUCCUUAUGGUUAAGAGAUUGCAAGACUCUCAGCGUUUAGAGAAAGAGUUCGUAUCAGAGAUGAAGACACUUGGGAAUGUGAAACACCGAAAUUUGGUCCCGCUGCUGGGCUUUUGUGUGGCAAAGAGGGAGAGAUUUUUGGGGUGUAAAUUCAUGGAAAAUGGGACCCUUUAUGAUAAACUGCACCCAGUGGAACCUGAGAUCAGGAACAUGGAUUGGUCCCUGAGGCUCAAAAUUGCAAUUGGAGCGGCUAGAGGUUUAGCAUGGCUUCAUCAUAACUGCAAUCCACGAAUUAUCCACAGGAACAUAAGCUCCAAGUGCAUACUCUUGGAUAACGAUUUUGAGCCGAAGUUAUCUGAUUUUGGCCUUGCCAGACUCAUGAACCCAAUCGACACACAUUUGAGCACUUUCGUCAAUGGGGAGUUUGGGGACAUGGGUUAUGUUGCUCCUGAAUAUCUACGGACACUUGUUGCAACGCCCAAGGGGGAUGUUUAUAGCUUUGGUGUGGUUCUCCUGGAGUUGAUCACCGGUGAAAAGCCCACUCAUGUUGCUAAUGCCCCUGAAAGCUUCAAGGGAAGUUUAGUGGAGUGGAUCAGACAACUGACAGAUGGUCCACUUCUUCAUACUUCCAUUGACAAGCCUUUGCUUGGAAAUGGAUUCGAUCACGAACUCAACCAAUUUCUUAAAGUUGCUUGUAACUGUGUGGUUGAGAAUGCUAAGGAGAGACCAACAAUGUUUGAGGUGCAUCAGCUCCUCAGAGCUAUCGGGGAGAGAUACCAUUUCACAACUGAAGAUGAUAUUAUGUUGCCAACUGAUACAGGUGACACUGAUUUCCCAGAUGAACAUAUAGUUGCCGAUGAAACAAAGGAAGUUUAA